AUGGCACCAAUCAUCCAUCUCGUCCGACACGCUCAGGGUUUUCACAAUCUCAGCGUGGAAAACCAGCAACUAUCGGAUCCAGACUUGACUCCUCUGGGUAUCACUCAGUGCGAGGAGCUUUGCAAGAAGUUUGAUGCUCACGAUAAAAUAACCCACCUCGUCGCUUCCCCUAUUCGGCGGACGCUGUGGACUUGCCUGCGCUCUUUCGACCCGGUAGUAAAGUCCGGUAAGAAGGUGAUCGCUCUGCCAGAUGCUCAAGAAAUCUCAACCUUGCCCUGCGAUGUUGGCUCGGAGCCCGAGAAACUUCAGGGGGAGUUUGGCGAUCUGGUAGACUUGCAUCUGGUCCAGAAAGGUUGGAACGACAAGUCGAGCGGAAGCAAAUACUAUCCCACUCCAGCCAACCUCGAGGCGAGGUCGCGGGAGGCUAGGUUAUGGCUCCGAGACUUGGCGAACAAGGCCGGAGAAGAUGCGCAGAUUGUUCUCGUCACUCACGGUGGUAUUCUUCAUUUCUUGACGCGGGAUUGGGAUGGCGUUAAGCUGGAGAAAGGUACCGGCUGGGAGAACACCGAACUUCGUUCAUAUGAGUUCGAGGAUCCAACCGGCCAAGACCCUGAGGCGUCCCUGAAGGAGACCCAACCAAGCUGGCGCCGCCGGCGGGGAAGCGCAAUCCCUCUCACCGCGACAGAGCAGGUUCAGAUACGACAAGCUUUCCAGGCUCUUGUUGACGAGUUGACCCAAGAUGAAGAUAAUAAGGCAACCAAAUCCGAGGAAGCUGUGAGCGACUAA